AUGUUCUAUCAGGAGCACGUCACACCUGAGCGCGCCGCCACUAACGUCCUGGGUCCAGCCGUGCGUAUAGACCAAGUGCACAAGUCCCUUGGUGUCGAUCCUGUACGUCUUCAUUCCGCUGCUGCUGAGAGCCGUCCAGGUCGUCUGGGACGUCGUGCCUACCUGGGAGAUCAAUUUCUUCUGGAGCCAGCGGGAUCAGAUGCUGGCCCGCGCGCCUCGGGGCUCGUACACGGCACUCUGGCUUCCAAUCCCAUGGGGGACCACGCGGCCGUCGACGUCACUCAGGGCGGCCACCUCAAUCUUCUCAGGAGCUACGGCCUGCUUGCGCCCGAGAACUUCAUAGAUGGUCGUGCCCCCUUCCCCCGUGGUGAUGUGGUGGAAGGCUUGUGUAUUGACGACUAUCUUGUGAUUGGGCGUCACGCCUAUCCUCCAGGCGAGUCUCGUCGGGAUUUGGAGCUGUUCGAUCGUGCUGGGCGUUUGGCUUACGUAGAUUCCUCGUUAUCAGGCAGCUCCUCCAAGGAGGUCAGGGACGCCGAGCGCUUCGUGGUCGUUGGCGCUGAGGUCGACUCCUCAGCACGAAUGGUAGAUCAAGGGUACGUACCAGUGGGUGCGCCCGUCGAGCGGCGACUGCCGUUGGCGGAGCUCUGUCUUCGGGCUGCUCAGCUUCCUCGAGCCCCUGUGGCGCUGGUGGAUACACUAGUGGGGUCCUUGGGUGCAGUGUUCGCUUACCGUCGGCCCCUAUUCGUCUGUCUCAACCACGUAUAUAGCUUCGUUGCCCAGGACCGCACCGUCGAUCAUGUUAUCCCUCGUGCCGUCACGGACGAGCUUGGCCUGGCCUCUGUGUUGUCUAUCGCCGCGGAGACGGACCUUACCGUCCCCUUCAGUGACGUCAUCUACGCCACCGACGCCUCUCCUUCCUCUGGGGCCAUCUGUACGUUGGGAGUCUCGCCCGCGCUGUCGUCGGCCGUUUGGCGCUGUGGCGAACGUCGAGGUGGCUAUUCCCGUCUGGACAGCCGGGCCUGUGGAGUCCUACGAAGCGCCGGCGCGCUCCCCCACAGCAUGGAGAGCGCGCAGUGCGUCGAGUCGGAUCUCCCCACCUACGUCCGCCGCGGGAUCGCCAUGGUCUUCGACUUCAUCGAGUUCGCCGGCGGCUCUGGUGUCCUCACUCGGUACCUCGCGUCCCAGGGUGUCCUUGUCGGGCCUGUCAUUGACAUAUCGUAUUCUCGGCACUAUGACCUAUCGUCGUGCCGCCUGAUGGAGUGGGCGGUGUGGAUGCUGUAUGAGGGCCGCAUCCUUACCUUUGCUGCGGAGCCCCCGUGUACAACGUUCUCGCCUGCCGCUCACCCCGCUGUCCGCUCCUACCGUCAGCCUAUCGGGUUCAAUCGCUCAGAUCCCAAGACGCGCUUGGGCAACCUGCUGGCCUUCCGCUGUAUGCUACUUAUGUUGGUAGGGCUCCGCGUAGAAGCUCCUGGUGGGCUAGAGCAGCCCCGCCUGUCCAAGAUGGCUUGGCUGCAGGAGUGGUCUCGCCUCUUGGCGCUUGGAGCCGCCGAGACCUGGUUUGCCUCUUGUGCCUACCAUGACCCUGCCCUCGAUGGUGUCGUCGUCUACCGCAAGGAAUUCCGCUGGAUGACCGUAGGCUUUCCCGAGUUCACUGAGAUGGCGGCGCGCUGUCCUAACACACGGCGCCAUCGCGCCCACACGCACACGAUUAUCGAGGGAGCGGCUACCAAAUAUACUGCUACAUAUACUCGUGGGGUCGUCGUGGCAUUGGGAGCUCGGUACUUGGAGGCUAUCAGACGGCGUCGAGAGGUAGGCGACACUAUGCGGCCCCCGGUGGGCUCUGAGCCGCUUGUGAUCAACGAGCUGCUGAUGUUGGGGUCUUGGGAGGAGCUCAGGAGAUGGGCUUGGAGGUCCCCGGGGCACAUUAACAUCCUGGAGUCGAAUGUCGUGGUGAAUCUCUUGGAGGGUCUCAUUCGUAAUGGUGGAGAUCGUAGGUUCGCUGCGCUUAUUGAUUCCAGAGUCACGUUGUGUUCUCAGGCGAAGGGGCGGUCCUCGAGCAGGGCGUUGACUCGCCCUCUGGAGAAGUCCUGCGCCCUGCAGAUCGCCGGGUCCCUCUACCCCUCCUACUCCUUUGCCCCCUCGCGGCUCAACGUUGCAGACGACCCGACGCGGUACCAGGCGGUCCGCGCAGCAUGCCGCCCGAGGCCUGACUGGCUGGAGCACGCGGACCUGCUGGACUGGCUGCUGACGCGGCUACCCGCAGCCAAGGCCUGCGCUGCGUGGCUGCGGCUCGUCUGCCUGCUGCUGGGGAGCAGCGGUCUUCGAGCGCUGCGGACCGCCCUUGCCGAGGGGCGUCGCCUGCCCCCAGCUCCCGCCCUCUGCGGGGUGCCUGGGCAGGGCUCGGGCGGAGGCCGCUGGACGGCGUCUGGAGUGGCUCGCGUCCCAGUGAAGUCGGAGAAGAGUGAAUUCGCUCCUGUGUUUCAUCGCGCAGGGCUCUUGCAUCACUGA